AUGGAGGGCUCGGAGAACCAGGCUGCGCAACGCAACAGGAGUGCGCUGCCCAUGCCGAGCGCCGGCAUGAGCUUGACAGAAUGGAGCGACUCCCAGCAAAACUCACGUGUGCAGACGGCCAUUCCAGUUCCGCCGGGCUCCAAGAUGGGGUUCAAGAGAGAGAUACCACAGCCCACACACCUGCCCGAACCAAAGCGAAAGCAUAACAUCCCCACGCCCGCGACGUACUCCUCCAAGACGUUCAAGCCGCCACAAACAAGGCCAGGCAUACAAGGAAGUUCCCUGAUGGAAAUGGCAAAGCCCAAGGGGAAUCCGACCCCGUCGACGAGCAACCUCGCGAAACCGCUUGGCCUCAAUCGCGGCGCCACGCUCGACCGAUCCACAAACGCAACUUUCAGGGCCUCGGGUCGCCCAGUCCAUGGCCGCUCAAGAUCACAGGUCCAGCGGCCCCAAACGGCCCACGGGCAUCAUGAUGCCGAGCACCGCGGAGACACGAACACAAACACCGCCUGGGAUGUUGACGGGCGCGUCGAUACAAUGGAGACGCAAUUCAGGGAGCUCCAGAACAUGGUCAACACGACCCUGACCCAACGAAAGGGCGAAGACGAAGCAUUGGAGCUGGCUAAGAGGAGAGUAUCAGAGCUGGAAGAGCAUCGCAGAAAGCUCGACGAACGCAACGAGCAGCUCAAAGACGACCUUGAUGCGGUGCGAGAAGAGAAGCGGCAGCUGCAACACGACAGGGAAAAACUCCAGUGGGAGCAUGCCCGCGCCGUCGACACCAUCGAACGACGCCACCGCGAAACAGUGGAUGAUCUCUCGCGACAGCAUCGGACGGCAGUCGACGACCUUACCCGCGAGCUGGAUCAGUUGAAGGACCAGGAGACCAAGGAGCACCAGCAGCGACUGGAUGCCUUGACACGUCACUAUCAACAAGAAUUGGAGGACGAGCGCCAUAAGAAGGAUCGAGAGGUGCAGGAGGUGAGGACACGCAUGAGUAACGAGUACCACGACAUGGACAUGGCGCUCCAACGAAAGGACCGCGAGGUCCAGGAGAUCCGAGCAGACGCCGACAACACUCGAGCGGAGCUGGAUCGCGAGAAGGCGCUGCGGAGCAACCUGCAGGCAAACCUCGCAGAGCUCUCGGCGUCCAACACCACGCUCGAGGCCAAGAUCAACUCGCUGAAAUCCCACGUCGAGUUCCUCGAGUCCGACAGCAAAGCCCAGUCCGAUUCGUUCGCCAGCAUGGAAGCGCGACUUCAGGAAGCGUUGCGAGUCGCAGAUGAAGCGAGGCAAAAGCUCAUCAAGGAGGAGACGGAGCGCCGCGUUCUUUUCAACAAGUAUCAGGAGUUGAAGGGCAACAUUCGCGUCAUGUGCAGAGUUCGACCUGCUCUCAAUGGAAGCGAAGGUGAGGAGGCCAGAAUAUCAUUCCCCGACGACAAGACGUCGGCCGAGAUUGUCUUGGCUGGGCCCGAAGAGAGGAGCAGCCUAGGGGCGGUCUCGAGAAAGAACUACCCGUUCGAGUUCGACCGGGUCUUCACUCCCGACAAGCAAAACGAAGAGAUAUUCGACGAGAUUUCACAGCUCGUGCAGAGCGCGCUGGACGGAUACAAUGUGUGCAUUUUUUGCUACGGCCAGACCGGCUCCGGCAAAACAUACACCAUGUCCUCGGACGACGGCAUGAUUCCGCGAGCCACGCACAUGAUUUACGACACCAUGACCAAGCUCAAGGAGAAAUCAUGGGAAUAUAACAUGGAGGGCUCAUUUGUGGAGGUGUACAACGAGGACCUGCAUGAUUUGCUGACUCCGACCGACCGCAACUCAUCAGACGGCAAGGCCAAAAAGCUCGAGAUACGCCACGACGAGGCACGCAAGCAGACAACCAUUGUCAACUGCAAAUCGGUCCAGCUCAACUCCGCGGCCAGCGUGGAGAAGAUACUCGGGGAGGCGCAGAGCAACCGGUCGGUGGCAGCGACCAAGGCCAACGAGCGAUCGUCGCGAUCGCACAGCGUCUUCAUCCUCAAGCUGGUGGGGGAGAACUCAGCGACCGGGGAGCGCUGCGAGGGCACUCUCAACCUCGUCGACUUGGCGGGAUCGGAGCGGUUGAAGCACUCGCAAGCCGAAGGCGACCGGAUGAAGGAGACUCAAAACAUCAACAAGAGCCUCAGUUGCCUUGGCGAUGUCAUCGAGGCAUUGGGAAGGGGCACUGGACACGUGCCUUACCGCAAUUCGAAGCUCACGCAUCUUUUGCAAUACAGUCUCGGGGGUAACAGCAAGACGCUCAUGUUUGUCAUGGUGUCACCACUCGAGACCCAUCUGAAGGAGACUCUGACCAGUUUGAGGUUUGCCACAAAGGUGCACAAUACCCACAUAGGCACCGCGAAGGCAACCAAGAGGAUCAAGUCUACCGACGCAUGA